AUGGGCUCGUUUCCACCUUUCAAUUUACUGAGUAUAUUGGGACUGAUUCUACUUGCGACAACCACGGACGCUCACUCCUACAGUGGUGCUGAUUACUACAAGGACUCAUGCCCACAAGCAACGACCAUAGUGACGGACAUGGUGAAUAACUUUGUCAAGGCAAACAAAAACCUGGCGGGGGGAUUCCUGCGAUUGCAUUUUCACGAUUGCUUCGUGAGGGGCUGCGAUGCUUCCGUUCUCCUAAAUUCGCCAACCAACUCGGCUGAGAAGGAUGCACGACCCAAUGCUGGAUCCCUACGAGGAUUUCACGAAAUCGACCAAAUCAAAGCGGCGCUAGAGGCCGAAUGCCCUGGAAUUGUAUCAUGCGGCGAUAUUCUCGCCCUCGCUGCUCGUGAUGCCACAGUCAAGGUUGGAGGUCAGAGCUGGUCACUGGAUCUCGGUCGCAAAGAUGGCAAAGUUUCAAUCUCUUCAGAGGCGGAUGCGCAGCUUCCAUCACCAUUCGCCACUUACGACCAACUCGUACAGAAUUUCUCGGCUGUGGGAUUCACGCAGGAGGAAAUGGUCAUUCUCUCCGGAGGCCACACCAUCGGCCGAUCAUCAUGCGGAGCUGUUCAGCCUCGUCUCUAUAACUUCAACGGAGUUGCGGGACUCACCGAUCCAUCUAUCGACCCCUCUCUAGCCAAAGAACUCAAGAAGAAGUGCCCAGAGAACGAACCUGGAACCACGCUAGCCAUGGAUUCCACCAAGAACACCUUCGACCAUUUGUACUUCAAGGCAGUCUUGAACAACAAAGGCCUCUUCCAGUCGGAUGCAAACUUACUGACGAAUCCAGUGGGAAAGGAGCUUGUGACUCGAUACUCGAAGGCCGGCUCUUCGUUCUCCAGUGACUUCGCAGGAGCUAUGACGAAGAUGAGUAACAUCCAGUGGGCGACUGACGGCGAGGUUCGCCGAGUCUGUUCAAUCAUCAACCAAUAACAAAGGCUUGAUUUGCAGAUUGUCAUGAAUUAGGCAAAUCAUGAAGUUCCAAUGUAGAUGUGGUGCUGGCUGUGGCAAUUAGGAAGCGAAGCCUCACUUCGGAAAAGCACAUAUGACCAUAGAUUCCUCUUCCAAGUAUAAUUGUAGUGAUAAACUUGGAAACAGCAGGCUCUGAUUUUAGAUAAACGACAG